UUCUCCCUCACACACAUGACAUCCACAUUAAUCAAAUUACCACGACGGAAAGAGCAGUGUUGCUAUUUACAAGUUCUCCUCAACGCAUCUCUCCCUCUUGACUGGUUUGCCGCGAUGGAAAGAAAAGUACUCGCGUUACAGGCGAGGAAGAAGAGGACAAAACCUCGGAAAACUGGAAGAAAACCAGAGCCUCAAGGCUGUGGAGGCAGCUCCAAGCUAAGUCAGGCAGACUCGCCUCUUCCCGAUCAAGACGAGGAGAUCCUGGGCUCUGACGAUGACGAGCAGGAGGACCCUGCUGACUACUGCAAGGGGGGAUACCAUCAUGUGAAGAUUGGAGAUCUUUUCAAUGGAAGAUACCAUGUGAUCCGUAAACUUGGCUGGGGGCACUUUUCCACUGUGUGGCUGGCCUGGGAUAUCCAGGAGAAGUGCUUUGUAGCUAUGAAGGUUGUGAAAAGUGCAGAACAUUACACAGAGACUGCUUUGGAUGAGAUCAAGCUGCUCAAAUCUGUGCGAAACACAGAUCCUGGUGAUUUGAGCAGGGAGAGAGUUGUGCAACUGCUAGAUGACUUCAAAAUUUCUGGCACGAAUGGCACUCAUGUGUGCAUGGUGUUUGAGGUGCUGGGGUACCACCUACUCAAGUGGAUCAUCAAGUCAAAUUAUCAAGGCCUCCCACUACCUUGUGUCAAAAGCAUCAUUAGACAGGUCCUUCAGGGUUUAGACUACCUCCACACCAAAUGUAGAAUUAUUCACACCGACAUCAAACCGGAAAACAUUCUUCUGACAGUCAAUGAGUCCUAUAUCAAGAAAAUGGCUCUUGAAGCGACACAGUGGCAGAAGACUGGUGUGGCACCACCCUCUGGUUCUGCAGUGAGUACAGCACCAGCACACAAGCCGAUAGCUAAAAUGUCAAAGAACAAAAAGAAGAAAAUGAAGAAGAAGCAGAAGAAGCAGGCCGAACAGCUAGAAAUGGGAGGAAGAGUAAAAGCUGAAGGUGAAGAAGAGAAAGAGGAGGACACAGCAGAAACGACAUCUGACAUCUCUGCCCCUGCCUCUGUGUCGGCCACUCUGCAACAUGACACACUGCAUCCUAUCUCAGAGUCUUCUACUGUCAACCUACCACAACAGAUGUCAGAACCAAGUGCACCCACGGAGGGCUCCACAAAGGAGGUGAGCAACAUGGAGGUCAACUGCAAUGGCAACACCUACUUAUCGGUGAGCGAGGCUAGCCAAGAAAGCCACGACCAUGAGACAAAGCAAUCUGCUGAAGAGCUGGAGGACCAACUGAAUGCAAACAAAAUCGAUGAUAAAACAGAAACUUUCAACAAAGUAUGUAAAAAAGAGGACUCUCAGAUUUGCAGCGGUCCCUCUGAGAAGUGCGAGCCGCAAGCGCGGCAACGACAGCAACCAGAUUCCCUCAGCACAGACUUUGUUACCUCUGAGCUGAAUGAUGUGGUCAAAGUAGAGAGGAAGGAGGAAGAGAUGGACACUCAAGGGGAGAACAAAAUGAGAGUUGAAGAUGAAGAAAAUAGCCAAAAUGAAUCAUCGAGUAACUUGUUAGUCAAUCCCUUGGACCAUCUCAAUGCUGACAAGGUGCAGGUUAAGAUUGCUGACCUUGGAAAUGCCUGCUGGGUGCACAAGCAUUUUACAGAUGACAUCCAGACUCGGCAGUACCGUUCACUUGAGGUGCUGAUUGGAUCUGGCUACAGCACACCAGCAGACAUUUGGAGCACUGCCUGCAUGGCCUUUGAACUGGCAACUGGGGACUAUUUGUUUGAACCCCAUUCCGGAGAAGAUUAUUCCAGAGAUGAAGAUCACAUAGCGCUGAUCAUUGAGCUGCUCGGCAAAAUUCCUCGCAAGCUAAUCAUGGCAGGCAAAUACUCUAAGGAGUUUUUCACCAAGAAAGGUGACCUGCGACACAUCACCAAGCUGAAGCCGUGGGGCAUGUUUGAUGUAUUGGUGGAGAAGUACGAGUGGUCCAAAGAAGAGGCCCACAGCUUCAGCAGCUUCUUGCAGCCCAUGUUGGACCUCGUCCCUGAAAGGAGGGCCACGGCUGCUCAGUGCCUCUCUCAUGCGUGGCUUGCAUGAGAGGCAGUGCCUUGUGUGCAUACUGCUACAUGUGAUUGUGAAAGGAUGCACGCACACGCACACACACACACACACACAUGCACAUGAGAGGUGUAAAGAUUCUGGGCUUGAAUUGGAUACACACUUGUCGGCGAAAACUUGACUGCACGCGUUUUAUGGCCUUUAGAUACAACCUACACACACUUGUCACACCAGUUGAGACCAGACCUCAGUCACCAUCCUCACUAUAUAGAAUACUGAAGGCAGAGGAAACCCAGGUCACUUAAUUCUGCAGGAUUUGUUUUGGUGUCAGUUUCUGUUUCGAGGUCUUUCUCUACACCACAUAGAGAUAUUUAGGAACUCUUACAAAUUAAGAUAUAUACAUGCACUUGACUACAGCAGUCGGAACGGAGGUUGCCGUCAAAAUCAAACAUCAAAUAUGUGCCGUCUUGCCAAUUGCAUUUGCAGUACCAUAAUUUAUUUCUUUAGUUGUCAAAAGCUUUCAAAGUCUUGCAAUUGAAUAAAUGCAAAAAACUGCUGUCUACCAUGGAAAGGGCUAAGACAUUUUGGCCUAGGCAAAUAUGCUUAAACAUUUCUACAUUUGUACACAAUUAGAAAAGGAAAGAGUACUAUAUUUUAUAUGUUUUGUUAUGGAUUUUCAUGUUUUCUGCUUGCCACAAUGCAAUCUACUAUCCCCGUGACAUUUGUUUCAUUAGACUAGAUUUUAGAAAGCAUUAAACAAAGUGGGCUUCUGGAUUCAAGUGCUUGGAUAGCAUCUUGCCCUCUGCAGCAUAAGCAGUCAAGUUUUGGAAAGAUGUUCAGGUGCUUUUUAACUGCAUGGAAAUGGGCUCUACUCAAAUCUGUAACUCCCACGCUGCAAAAGGAAUUGGCAUAUAAGCUCUAUGUCAUGUUUCCACUUCAACCAAAUCCUUUUUCUGUAGGUAAGAAUAAAACGUUUAAAAAGUG